AUGGACAUCUUUCAAAGCGUCCAGGGCUACAUCACCAAGAUCGUCUCGCAGGGCGAGAAUGCGAGCGGUCAGGGCGCUGCAAACAUGAAGAUACUGCUGCUGGACAGAGACACGGUCCCUAUCGUAUCUUCAGCGACCACGCAGUCUGCCCUCUUGAAUCAUUCGGUAUACUUGACCAACCGUAUCGAAGAUACCAGCCGGGAAAAGAUGCGCCAUCUGAGGUGUCUCUGUUUCCUUCGGCCUUCACCAGACAGCAUCCAGUUUCUGAUCGACGAGUUCAGAGAGCCCAAAUACGGCGAGUACCACAUCUAUUUCAGCAACAUCAUAAAAAAGUCCUCGCUGGAACGUCUUGCGGAAGCAGACGAUCAUGAAGUGGUCAAGUCCAUCAUGGAGUACUUCGCCGACUUUUUGGUCAUCAAUCCCGACCUCUGCUCUGUCCCGCUGUCGACACGGAUCUUCUCGUCAUCGGCGGACCUCUGGAAUCAAGAUAGCUUGACCAGAAGCGUUGAGGGUAUCAUCGCUAUGCUGUUGGCGUUGAAGAAAAAGCCUUUGAUCCGACUCGAGAAGAACAGCCUUCUCUGCAAGAAGCUCGCAACCGAAGUCCGCUAUGCGAUCACCCAGGAAGAGCAACUAUUCGACUUCAGAAAACCAGACACGCCACCCAUCUUACUUAUAGUCGAUCGCAGAGAUGAUCCCGUCACUCCAUUGCUCACUCAGUGGACUUACCAAGCGAUGGUGCACGAGCUUCUUGGCAUUGACAAUGGGAGGGUCAAUUUGAGCGACGUGCCAGAAGUCCGCCCCGAGUUCAAGGAAAUCGUUCUCUCGCAAGACCAGGAUCCGUUCUUCGCCAAGAAUAUGUUUUUGAACUUCGGCGAUCUGGGUCAGAACGCCAAGGAAUACGUCGAACAGUUCGCAUCGAAGCAAGCUUCCGGCCAGAAACUGGACAGCAUCGAAGACAUGAAAAAGUUUGUUGAAGAGUAUCCCGAAUUCAGACGACUAUCUGGAAACGUUACGAAGCAUGUAACGCUCGUGACCGAGCUAAGCAGGCGAGUCGGCACAGACAGUCUACUGGAUGUCAGUGAACUGGAACAGAGCUUAGCCUGCAACGACAAUCACUCUCAGGAUGUCAAGACUUUGCAGAAGCUCAUUCAGGAUCCCAAAGUGCCGCCCAUGAACAAGCUCAGGCUGGUUGCUAUCUAUGCGUUGCGGUACUCUGGCCACACGAACAACAACACACCUGCCUUGAUGGAUCUGCUUGCCGUUGCCGGCGGCAUAAGCAGACAUCGAAUCAACCUCAUCCCGAAGCUUCUCACUUACGCCCAUUCCCUGCAGUCCAUGCCACAGACCGGCGGAAUACCUGACCUGUUCCAGCCUAGUAACAUCUUCUCUGAAGCUCGAUCACGCUUCAAUCGCGGCCUACGUGGCGUUGAGAACGUCUACACUCAGCAUUCGCCUCGCCUAGAAAACACCUUACAAGACCUGAUCAAGGGUCGCUUGAACAUGAACAGCUAUCCAUUUGUGGAAGGUGGGGGCCAGACAAGAGACAAGCCGCAAGACAUUAUUGUCUUCAUCGUCGGGGGCGCAACAUACGAAGAAGCUAAAAUGGUGGCCCAAGUCAACGCGAGCAGUCCCGGUGUCAGGGUCGUUCUUGGCGGGACAGGCAUCCACAACAGCAACUCUUUCCUCGAAGAAAUCGACGAGGCUGUCGACUCUUGGCCUGAAGCAAAAGCCGAUACUCCUGCUGGACGCCUCAGGAGAGAGGUUGGCAGGGCCUAG